AUGCCAGAGAGCUGUGUGGAGCUUAUAGGAUCAUGGGCGAGUCCAUUUGUUUUGAGGGCUCAGAUUGUGCUUAGCAUGAAGAAUGUUGGGAAAAAGAAGUUCGGUCCAAAAAGUGAGUUGCUUCUCAAGUCCAAACUGGUCCACAAGAAAGUUCUAGUCCUUAUUCAUGCAAAUAAGCCCAUUCCUGAAUCUUUGGUUAUCCUUGAGUACAUUGAUGAAGUUUGGGCCUCAUCUGGACCCUCCAUUCUCUCUUUUGAUCCUUAUGAUCGGGCUAUGAAUCGCUUCUGGGCUGCCUAUAUUGAUGAAAAGAUGACCUCAAUCAUUCCAUGUCUUGCAAUAAGUCCAGUGAAAGAUGGAGCAGAAGUAGCAUUGGAGCAAGUCAAGACAGGGAUAAUACUUCUAGAGGAGACUUUCCGUGAACGAAACAAAGGAAAUGCUUUAUUCGGUGGAGAUAAAAUUGGGUUCAUUGACAUUGCCUCUGGAUGCCUCGUGAGUUUGAUUAAGGUCACACAGAUGUGA